UUAAACUGCGAUCGAUAAAAGUAUACUCCGACAUAUCUUGAAAGACCAUGGAGAAAUUGAAAAAGCAAAAACCUUCCACUGCAAGAAGCGAUGCCACGGCGGAAAAGCAAACUCAACUGGACAACAUAUUUGAACAGAUGGGUGAUUUUGGAAGGUUUCAGCUUCGUGUGUUCCCCCUGUUUUGUCUAUGCAGUACCCUUGCUUCCUUGCAGUAUGCAUCUGUGCCAUUCGUGGGGUACACGCCGGAACACAGGUGCAUUUCCCCCCAAAAUGACAUGGACGGUAACCAGACGAGCCAGAUUCAGCACUUCUUCAGUGACGAGCACCGCAAUCAGUCUUCUGCUUGUGAAAGCGUUGUUAAUGGGAGCAGAGAGAAGUGUCAUGAGUGGGAAUUUGAUCGCAGCGUUAUGGAGGAAACUUAUGCCAGCGAGUUCAAUCUUGUCUGCGACGAAGCUAGCCUGGUGACUCUAAUGGCAGUAAUAUUUCUGGUCGGCAUGGCGGUCGGCAAUGUUGGGAUAGGUCUUUUAUCAGAUAGGCUAGGACGUCGCACCGCUUUGGGCUGUGCCUUACUGUUUCUCAGCGCUUCUGGGCUCGCUUCAACAUUUUCGCCAAAUGCAGUUACAGCGAUCCUGUUUAGAUUUCUUAUCGGAGCAUCCUCCAGCGGGGCAUACAUAACGUCGUUCUUAUUUGGAAUGGAAGUCGUAGGGCCCAAAAAGAGAAUGUUCGCUGGGAUCAUCAUGCAUUUUUUCUAUGCCGCUGGAAGCUGCGGGGCUUCUGGUAUUGCCUACGCCCUCCGACACUGGCGCUAUCUCCAGGCAGCGAUAACUGCACCUGCCUUACUGCUUGCAGUGUACACGUGGACUGUUCCGGAGUCUAUCAGAUGGCUGUUGUCCAGAGGUCGAAAAGAGGACGCUAAACUUGUCGCAAAGGGAGUGGCUCAGCAGAACGGCCGCCACAUAAAGUCUUAUGAUAUAUUUGAUAAUCUCAAAGUCGACGCCGUUCCACAGAAGUCUAAGGGGAUACUCAAGGAAUUGUGGAAGACUCCUCGACUGGUAUUUCAUAUGGUGCUCCUCUCACUAAUCUGGGGAUUAGUGGAGGCCACUUGGUUCGGUAUCUCAUUAAACAGCGGCAAUAUUGAAGGCAGCAUCUUCGUCAACUAUUUUCUGGUUGGUCUGAUUGAGUUUCCCGCCAAUUGUGUGCUAUUUACUAUCAACCGAUACGGAAGAAAGAUACCUUUUGUAUUGACAAUGGUCCUGUGUGGCAUGUUGUGUCUGUCGACAACGUUUGUGGAGCUUUAUACAGGCGAAGGCAAUUUUAAGUUUUGA